GGGUCUGUGUCUCGGUGGUUAUAAAGUUGGGGGUGGAGAAGCCGAGAGUACCUGGGAAAUGAUGGCUGAUGAAGAGGAGGAAGUCAAGCAAAUCUUGCAGAAAUUGCAGGAACUGGUGGACCAGCUCUAUUCAUUUCGAGACUGCUAUUUUGAGACACAUAGUAUUGAGGAUGCUGGGAGGAAGCAACAGGAUGUUCAGGAGAAGAUGGAGAACACACUGAAGCAGAUGGAGGAAGUAGUGGGUUCUGUCCAGGGCAAUGCUCAGGUUCUGAUGCUAACAGGGAAGGCAUUGAAUGUGACUUGUGACUAUAGCCUUAGGGCUGAGGAGCUUCUCUCAAAGGCUGUGAAGCUGGAGCCUGAGCUGGUAGAAGCCUGGAACCAGCUGGGUGAAGUGUACUGGAAGAAAGGGGAUGUUGCAGCGGCCCACACCUGCUUCUCAGGAGCUCUUACCCAUUGCAUGAAUAAAGUCUCCCUGCAAAACCUGUCAAUGGUGCUUCGCCAGUUGAGGACCGACAGUGAAGACGACCAUUCUCGCCAUGUCAUGGACAGUGUCCGGCAGGCCAAGUUGGCUGUGCAGAUGGAUGUCCAUGAUGGUCGCUCCUGGUAUAUCCUGGGGAAUGCAUACCUUUCUCUUUACUUCAAUACUGGCCAGUGCCCUAAGAUCUCCCAGCAAGCCCUCAGUGCCUAUGCCCAGGCUGAGAAGGUCGACAGGACAGCUUCCAGCAACCCUGAUCUUCAUCUCAACAGGGCUACGUUGCAUAAAUAUGAAGAGAAUUACCAGGAGGCACUGGAGGGCUUCUCACGCGCAGCAGCACUGGACCCUGCCUGGCCAGAGCCCCAGCAGCGAGAGCAACAGCUUCUGGAAUUCCUGGAUAGAUUAACCAGCCUCCUUGAGACCAAGGGAAAAGUAAAGGCCAAAAAGUUGAAGAGCAUGCUAGGAAACUUGCGUCCAGCCCACCUUGGUCCUUGUGGUGAUGGACAUUAUCAGUCAGCCUCUGGGCAGAAGGUGACACUGGAGCUGAAGCCAUUGAGUUUGCUGCAGCCUGGUGUGAACAGUGGUUCUGUGGUCCUGGGAAAGGUGGUCUUUAGCCUUACCACGGAGGAGAAAGUCCCCUUUACAUUUGGCCUGGUAGAUUCAGAUGGACCUUGCUAUGCAGUAAUGGUAUAUAACAUGGUACAGAGCUGGGGAGUGCUCAUUGGGGACUCCGUGGCCAUCCCUGAGCCCAACCUUCGACCUCACCGAAUUCAGCACAGGGGAAAGGAGUAUUCCUUCCCGAGUGUUCGGGUUGAGACACCUCUCCUGCUAGUGGUGAAUGGAAAGCCUCAGUGCUCCAGCAGUCAGGCUGCUGCCACAGUAGCAUCUCGGCCUCAGUGUGAAUGA